AUGCUCGCAUCCCCUUCGCAAGCCGAGCAGCAUUUGGCUCAGCUGCUCGGCGCCGGCACACCCUCCUUCGCACUUGCCUCUGCACGAGCAACAAGUGGAUCAAGUACUCAGCCAACGCCGGGUUCAAGUCGUGAUCGUACUCCGGUCAGCGGCGGUGGAACUUCUGGUGCCAGCUCGCCUGCUCUGCUAGCUAUGAAUCUUCCUGGCAAGCCUGCCCCAACACUCUCCCGACCUGCGAACUCGAGUCUGUCUCCGACUGGGGCUAUCAGCGGAGAAGAUGUCAGUGGAUCCAGCUCGCCCGUAAUGUCGGGACGCAGCACGCCGUCGCAAGCACGCUCAUCUAGCAAGUCACAAGUGCUAGAGACUCACCGGCUUCAGCUCCAGACGCAUACCAGUGGACGACGAAUGAUCAACCAGUACAUCAUGUGAGUCCAGGGUACAUGGCGUGGCUGUGAGCCAACCCGACCUGAUCGCCCUCCAUCACCCGCUUUGUAGCGAAGGCGAACUGGGCAGAGGCGUCCAUGGCAAGGUCCGUCAAGCGCGAGACACCGAGACUGGCGAGCGUGUAGCAGUCAAGAUUGUCGAGCGCGAAGGCAGAAAGCGUUUAGGAGCCAGUCACUCGGGAGUGCUGGGCCGACCCAAGGUGGACGACUGGAAGGGCAAGUCAAGGGAUCAGACAGAACACAUGGCGUCUCAAAGUCCGCCCCUGGACCGUGCUCCGAAGCUCGCGCCAGACGCACCCCUAGCAUCCCCCCGAAGCGGCCCUCAAACACGCUUCGCCUCGACGCCACCGGGGUCUCCUAGAGCCUCAAAUCAGAACGCUGCCCUUGCAGCGAGACAUGGACGCUGGGGUGAAGGCGGCAUGAGCCGCGCUGCCAUGGACAAGGAAGUUGAGCGCGAUCGCGAGAAGGCGCGAGAUAAGGCUCGCAAGCAGCUGUUGUGGACUACGGACAAGAAGGUUAAGAGGGAGAUAGCACUUAUGAAGAAAUGCUCGCAUCCCAAUGUCGUUCGCCUGAAGGAGGUCAUAGACGACCCGCAAAGCAAGAAGGUCUUCAUGGGUAAGUUCAUGUUUACGAGAGUCGGCCAGUGCAAUCGUCAGCUUGCUCACGCGUACAACCCUGCGUUCUCCGCUAGUGCUCGAGUUCAUGGCGGGCGGCGAGGUACUUUGGAAGGAUGAUCGCGGCUUUCCCACACUGACUGUCGCCGAAUCACGGAGCAUCAUCCGAGACGUUGUCUUAGGUCUGGAGUACUUGCACUAUCAGGGCAUCAUUCAUCGCGACAUCAAGCCUGCCAAUCUGCUCUGGGAUGAGGACCGCCGCGUGAAAAUUUCAGACUUUGGCGUCUCUCACUUCAGCUACGCUCUGCUCGUCGCAAGCGGCGGUCUGCCGAGCUGGGAUGGGGACGAGCAGAGAGCCAAGGAUCCAAGUCUCAUCGACGAUCACGAGCUCGCAAAGACUGCAGGCAGCCCUGCAUUCUUUGCGCCUGAGCUAUGCUUGGCCGGGGAAGCGCAGCCAACAGCCACGUCUUUAGAAGGGCGCAUGAGCCAGAUGCGAACUCAUACGCCCAAAGUUGAAGACCAAGCCAAAAGUCCACGAAGGGAAGGCAGCUUGAAGGAAUUUCCUUGGGAAGAGUACGCUGAGAAAGAAGCACGCGCCGCUCCGCUGCGCAGGCGACCGAAGAUUACGAAAGCCAUCGACGUCUGGGCGCUGGGAGUCACGCUGUACUGCCUUCUUUUCGGACACCCGCCGUUCACCGCAGACAAUGAGUUUGCACUCUUCACAGUCAUCCCGAGCGAGGAUUACGAGCUGCCGGCUUUCGCAGGAGCGGACCGCUUGCGCAUCGGACCUCGCGCGAGGCGUUGGCAAGCUCUGCCGCACUGGACUGAUGAAGAGGGAGACGUGCAGCCGGAUGGCAGGGAUCCGCGAGAAGCCGAUGUAGGGCCUGCUGCGCUCUCUGAGGACAUGCGAUCGCUGCGUGACCUCCUGGAUCGUUUGCUGGAAAAGGAUCCGGAGAAGCGUAUCAAGCUGGAGGAGGUCAAAAAGCAUCCCUGGGUGGUUCGCGAUCUCAAUGACGCUCCCGACUGGCUUCACAAGACAGAUCCCACGCAACAUCCUUUUGUGAUUGUGACGCACGAGGACAUGGAAGAUGCGUUGACUGGUUACUCGAAGUUGAAGCUGCGCAUGAAGCGGUGGCAGUCAAAAAUCAUCGAGACACUCGGCGGAGGAAAGGCGCGCUCCAGAAGCUCAUCACACUCGCAACCUUAUGGUCGCCCUCAUGCCGUGCCGCUCAAUACAAGUGGGGAUCUCCGCAGCGGAAAGGGAACACCGAACACUGCCAGCAGCGCCAUGUCCCCUACUCCCUCUGAUCUCGGCGCUGCACAAGGCCACCCAAUGCGUCAGCACGAAGUGCCUGCUGAGCACGCAGCCAGCCGCAUGGUCACCUUGCUCAGGCGACAAUCUGCUACAUUGGACCGCGAAACGGAGACCGCUGAAUUUGCUGGACUCGCUCGCGAGCUGACGCGUGGCAGUCGCGACAAAAUGGCCGGCACUCGCAGCCAACCGGGCAGUCGACCCAGCUCUCCGCGGACGUCGCGCAAUGCUCUGUCAGCCCUCUAUAACAGCGGCAAUAGCGAAACCACCACGAACACUGGCAAUGCAUCUUGGUCGCAUACGGCGAGACAAACGAUUGCCCCGUCAGACGCUGCGAGUCUGCUCCGAAGGAUUUCCGCUGCUCAAGGCACAGCAGAACACACCUCUCGCUCUACUCUGCGACCUGCCAUACUUCGGCGACGCUCAACCAGUAGAUCGACGAAGACGGAGCGCAGCCCAGUGCCUCCUACCUUGAAUCGCUCCUCGUCGGAGUCACAGCGAAGCGACAUGCUCUUGCGCAGCAGCGAAAUGGCGCUGCCGAGUACAAUCGCAACCGAAGAGGAGCAAACGAGGUCCUUUAGCCGUGCAUCACGCAGAUUCUCCAAGGGUGACUCCGGCGCAGGAUGGCCAUCUCGUCUCCACCAUAACACACACAACGGAGCGAUCGGCGCACCGCGCUCUUCUGGUGACUCUCGCCGGCCGAGCAGCUUGCGAGCAGCACCCGAUCAGCUCGCCAUGCGACAGAGCAGUCGCUCCCGCAUCGGGGACAUCUUCCGCAAAGCUUGGCAUGGCCAGGGAUUGGGCCACGUGCCGGGCCAUGCGAAUGCUCUGCAGCGUCCUGACAUCGACACCACGUCUUUGGCAUCUAGACGGUCAGUGCGCAGCCGGAAGAGCUCCGCGCGCCGUAGGGACAUGCCUCAGGGUCCUGCCGGCCAACAAGCUUCUCUCCCAAACCGCUCAUCAGGAGAUUUGAAAAUCGACACGGCAGGUGCUGCCAGCGCCGCGGGCCCUCAUCACCUUUUUGAUCAGCCUGUCAGCGCUCCACCCCUCGCUGGCCCGUCAUUGUCUGAUCACCAUUCUCAUCCCCCUGGCGUCGGUGGAAACGGAGCAGGUUCGCCCCGCUUCCAUCUAGCGUCCACAAUGAGCUCUCCCGUCGCCCCCAGGGUAGAGCUAGACGACGUUGAUCUUGAUCUAGAGCUUUCCGACGACGACGAUGACGAUGUGCUGCAUGCGCGCACGCGAACUUCCCUGCAACCACGUGCUUCAUACCUACGCAACGAUGGGCGAGGCUGGGUGAUGCAUCCCGCGCAGGGCCAGACCGAUACAGGACGGCCCACAAAUCUUUCAGGCGGUUCAUCGACCUCUGCAGAGGUGUCUGGUGGAGCGUCGUCCGCUUCCGAAAGCCCACCAGCAGCGUACGCCCACAGCUUGACGCCUUCUGUGGAAGGUGGCUACAACUUAUUCAAGCCGCCAUACGUAAGCGCGAGAGAUGCUACAGGAUUGGGAUCGACUCUGAGCCCCUCUCCGGUGUAUAGCGGCGAGGAAGAGGAAGCUCGCGCGAAUUCGGCUGCUCGUGCCCAGGUCGGUCCGAGUGAUGAUUCGCAUGCAGCUCCUCAUCGUCACGGCGGGUCUUUCGCGCAAGACACGAGGCCUAAUCUGGCUCAUUCGGAGACCAACGCCCGCGACGCGCACCUAGACGAGUCACUCAGCAACGACGACGAUCGCUUCGCCGAUGCAGAUGAGACAGACAUCUCGCUGAGCCAGCAACGUCGCAUAUUUGCUCCAGUCUCACCGGGCGAAGACGAGGAGGAAGAAGGGUUCAGCUUCGAUGUUGGUCAUAGCAAGCAAAGCCGGCCUUGA